AACAACCACAACAACCGUCCCCACAACAACAACUACAGCUGCCCCCACCACAACCACAACAGCUGCCCCAACAACAACCACAACAACCGCCCCCACGACAACAACUACAGCUGCCAUAACCACAACCACAACAGCUGCCCCAACAACAACCACAACAACCGCCGCCACGACAACAACUACAGCUGCCCCAACAACAACCACAACAACCGCACCCACAACAACAACUACAGCUGCCCCAACCACAACCACAACUACAGCUGCCCCAACCACAACCACAACAGCUGCCCCAACAACAACCACCACAGCAGCACCAACAACAACCACAACAACCGCACCCACGACAACAACUACAGCUGCCCCAACCACAACAACUACAGCUGCCCCAACAACAACCACAACAACCGUCCCCACAACAACAACUACAGCUGCCCCCACCACAACCACCACAGCAGCACCCACAACAACCACAACAACCGCACCCACGACAACAACUACAGCUGCCCCAACAACAACCACAACCACGACAACCGCCCCCACGACAACAACUACAGCUGCCAUAACCACAACCACAACAGCUGCCCCAACAACAACCACAACAACCGCCCCCACGACAACAACUACAGCUGCCCCAACAACAACCACAACAGCUGCCCCAACAACAACCACAACAACAGCCCCCACGACAACAACUACAGCUGCCCCAACAACAACCACAACAACCGCCCCCACGAGAACAACUACAGCUGCCCCAACAACAACCAUAACAACCGCCCCCACAACAACAACUACAGCUGCCCCAACAACAACCACAACAGCUGCCCCAACAAAAACCACCACAGCAGCACCAACAACAAUCACAACAACCGCCCCCACGACAACAACUACAGCUGCCCCAACAACAACCACAACAGCUGCCCCAACAACAACCACAACAACCGCCCCCACGACAACAACUACAGCUGCCCCAACAACAACCACCACAGCAGCACCAACAACAACCACAACAACCGCACCCACAACAACAACUACAGCUGCCCCAACCACAACAACUACAGCUGCCCCAACAACAACCACAACAACCGUCCCCACGACAACAACUACAGCUGCCCCAACAACAACCACAACAACCGCCCCCACGAUAACAACUACAGCUGCCCCAACCACAACCACAACAACCGUCCCCACAACACCAACUACAGCUGCCCCCACCACAACCACCACAGCAGCACCCACAACAACCACAACAACCUGCUGCACCAGCAACAACUACAACAGCUGCCCUGCCCAAACAACAACCACAACAACUGCCCCCACGACAACAACUACAGUUGCCCCAAGAACAACCACAACUGCAGCACCAACAACAACAACUGCUCCAACAACAACCACAACUGCUACACCAACAACAACUACAACUGCCCCAACAACAACCUCAACAAGAACAACUGCUGCUUCAACAACAACUACAACUGCAGUGACAACUGUAGUUGCCCCAACAACAACCACAACAACUGCCCCAACAACAACCACAACACCUUCCCAAAGUACAACCACAACAGCUUCUCCAACAACUACAACUGUAGCCUCGAGAACAACUUCUCCUGCUGCUCCAACAACAACUCCAACAACUGCGCCAACAACAACAACAACUACCCCUACAAUAAUCUCAAGUAUCCCGACUACAAAAACAUCAGCAACUACCCCAACAACAACCACAACUACAUCAACAACUACAUCCACUACAACAACAUCAGCAACGACCCCAACAACAACCACAACUUCCCCAACAAUUACAACCACUUCAACGACAUCAGCAACGACAACAGCAACCUCAACUACCCCAACAACAACCACAACUACCCCAACAACAAGUACAACAAGUACAACCACUACAACGACAAAAGCAUCUACCCCUACAACAACCUCAACAACCAGAACUACUGCAAGAACCACCUCCUCUGCCAUGGCACCAACAUGACAGCUGUAGAUCCUGUCAGUCCUGAAAUCUCUACGUUGCGUGGUGGGACUGUAGACGUGACUUGUACUGACAUGCCUGAAAUCCUGCAGGCAGAACAGUAA